CCCCUGUUGCUCGACACGCCAUAACUUUGCGGACUGAAGCAGCAACAACAGAAGCUCCUCCAACCAGCAACACUGUUUCACCCGGAUAAAGUCAACCUUGUCCAUCACUGACUGACAGCACCUACUGACUGCAGGAUGCCAUUAGGAGGAGGAAACAAGUGUGGCCGCUGUCAGAAGACAGUCUACUUUGCAGAAGAGGUACUCUGCGAUGGGCGGAGCUUCCACAAGUCCUGCUUCCUGUGCAUGGUGUGUAGGAAGAACUUGGACAGCACAACUGUAGCUGUUCAUAUGGAUGAAGUCUACUGCAAGGCGUGCUACGGCAAGAAGUACGGGCCAAAAGGUUACGGUUAUGGCCAGGGAGCAGGGACACUCAGCAUGGACAAGGGAGAGUCUCUGGGUAUUAGACAUGAAGAACCUGCUCCUCAUCGUCCCACCAGCAGCAACCCAAACCCAUCCAGCCUGGCUCAGAAGUUUGGAGGGUCAGACAAGUGCCCUCGUUGUGGCAAGGCCGUCUACGCUGCUGAGAAAGUGAUUGGAGCUGGGAGUGCAUGGCAUAAGAUUGGAUGUUUCACUUGUGCCACAUGUAAUAAGAGCCUUGAGUCAACCACACAAGCUGAUCGGGAUGGAGAAAUCUACUGCACAGCUUGUUAUGGCAAAAACUUUGGUCCCAAGGGAUUUGGGUAUGGAUUGGGAGCUGGGGCGCUGGUGAAUACUCAGUAGAGAGCAGACCACUGAGAUCUCCGUUGACAUUUCUGCAGCAAGCUGCGCUGACUGUCUUCUUACUGCAGAGGGCAGCCUGCUGCCUGUCGUCAUACACCUGACUACAUCGAUGUGGAGAUAGGUCUGGGUCUUGUUAAAUAGCACCUGACAAUAGCACCUGACGGCUUGAUAAAGGGCUACAUUAUAAGAUUCAACAGUGAGACAUGCAACACCAUCUCUGCCUCAUAUAGGACAAAGAUGAUUACUUGUGCUGUUACAGUAAAUCCUGAUACAUAACCAACACUUCAUACUGAAACAUUAUACUGUUUAACGCUGCAUUGAUGAUUUGCACCUUCCCUGUUGUUUUCCUCCUUGAAUGAAAUCUCAGUAUGUUAUUAACAAUACUCUAUGUAAAAAAUAAAUGCUGCUUUUUUUGUAUUUUAUGCUUUCCAAACAGAAUGAUAAUAAAUAAAGUUCAAAGAUGUUAGUGCCUGUUUCUUCUUAAUUGAGGCAGAAAAUACAUAAGAACAUAUGACGGAAGGUGUGGGUGUGUGUGUGUGUGUGUGUGUGUGUGUGUGUGUGGGUGUGUCGAUAAAUAUCCCACACUCAUUGUAUCCAUUCCUCUCAUAAAAUGGCAGUGACGCAUCACAGUGCUGGUAUAAAUCCAGUAUCUUUUAAAGUUCAGGGAGUUUCACUCCACCCAUAAAUCUAUUACAUGCCAUGCAGCCACCAAGGAUGUGAAGAAUGCCAAAACGUUUUUUAGGUGCCAUGAUUAAACUACCUCCUAUGAAAACAGUGCAACUUCAGAUGAAUCAGCAAGGAAGGCUUUGAAGUUUGU